GGGGAGAAGAACGGGUGGAACAUUCUGCGGCUGUCCACCCUCAGCAACGUGCUCCGAGAAUGUGGGGCGUUUUUGUAGCUCGCGGUGCCCCUCACUCCAAAUGCAAGCAUCAUGAGAGGGAAAGUUACCAAGUCAUGACAUGACGCUGCAACCGCUUUUUUUUUUUAAACGCGUAAAUCACCUCACCCUUUACACGCUGGUCUACACACAUCAAACACACCGCAUCAACUUACUCUCGACAUUCUGCGUACCUCAGCGCCAAGUUCCAGGCUGCAAUUGAUCUGAACGUCAAUCCUAGCAUUUCCUCGUGAGUUGCUUUUCAUAGAGUCACGAGACAAUCAAUCUUCUUCUGCCCGUAUUCUCCAUCAGCUGACGGAAGUUGUGUAAUAAGGAAAGCUCUGGUAAACGAGACCACCCACCCACUCACUCACUCACUACCUUGCGGUGAACUUUUGACUGCUCGCAUAUGAGGCCCGGCUUCGCUUAUAGAUUCUCGAGAUCGCUCAAGAUGGCUCUGCACCCGCCUCCCGAGAGCGAGAAGCUCAUUUUCGCACCCGCCGGCUCCUCCCAAAACACCCGCGCAGACCAAUUCACCCUCGGCCGCCUCUCCCUCCCCUCCCUGCACCCGACCUCGCCAACCCGCCAAUUCAACACCUGGUUCACGGCAGCCCAACAAACCCACGCCGUCUCCCACCCGGAAACCUGCACCCUCUCCACCGCCUCUCUCCCGUCCGGCCGCGUCUCCGCCCGCAUGGUCUACCUCAAAGAGCUCGACGCCAAGGGCGGCUUCGUAGUCUACACCAACCUCGGCACCUCCCGCAAAGCAGCCGACCUCGCCUCCAACCCGCACGCGAGCCUGACCUUCUGGUGGGAGGCGCUGCAGAGGCAGGUGAGAGUCGAGGGCAGGGCGGAGAGGUUGAGUAGGGAGGAGAGCCAGGUGUACUACGACACCCGCGUGCGCGGGAGCCGGAUCGGGGCGUGGGCUUCGCGGCAGAGUCAGGUGCUGGAGCCGCAGGAGGGGGUGAGGGGCGAGGAGGGGGGGGAGGACGAUGGGAGGGCGCAGUUGGAGGGGUGGGUGAAGGAGGUGGAGGAGCGGUUCGAGGGCCAGGAGACGAUUCCGGUGCCCGAGUUCUGGGGCGGGUUGAGGAUCGUGCCGGAGAGGGUUGAGUUCUGGCAGGGGAGGGAUAGUCGGCUUCAUGACCGGUUUGUGUAUGACAAGGUGGAUGGCGAGGAGGAUAAGUGGACGAUUAACAGGUUGAGCCCUUAGGCGGUGAUGGGGUAGUUGAUAGGUUAGACAUGUGAACUCUGGUUGUUGUUGCAGAGUCAAAACAGC